AUGAGGGGUGCUGUAGCUCUGCUGGUGUUGCUGUUCUGUCUGUCUGGGGCAUGGACUCGGGAGGAGAGUGGACGGGUCGGAGAGAGUGACAUCACUCAACAGGGACACAGUGCAGGGAGAGAGAGCCGAGGGACCGGAGCUACAGAGGUGACCAGCGAAUGUACGACCAUGCAACCUGACAUCUGGGAUGAGAUGAAGAGGCUGAGAGACAUGGUGGUGGAGCAGAGAGAGAAGCUGAGGACGAUGGAGGGCAGAGUGACAGCCUGUGAGGGUGAGGUAGAGACACAGAAAAACACAGUGAUGGACCUAAGAAUCCAGCUGAUGGUCACUAAGGCCAAAGUGGCGGAACUGGAAAAAGAUAAUGCAGCCCUGGAGGCCAGACUGAGAGCCAGUGAGAGAGAGCUGACCACCACGAAGAAUGAUGUUGAGGAACUGAAGAGACAGAACACAGACAGACCAAAAGUGUCUUUCUCUGCUGCUGGUUUGAAUAAUGGACCCAUAGGCCCCUUCAAUACUGACGCCAACCUGGUCUACACCAGAGUCAUCACCAACAUCGGCAAGGCCUACAGCCCAAUUACAGGUGCCUUCACAGCACCAGUGAGAGGAGUCUACUACAUCAGAUUCACCGCUGCUCAACAUGGGCGUGCAUCAGAUUACAUGGGUAUAUCCAUGUUAAAGAAUGGGCAGGCGAUCAUGUCUAACUAUCAUUACAAUAGCCACGGAUACUGGGUCCAUUUAUCUAAUGGAGUCAUUCUGGAGCUGGAGGAGGGAGACGUGGUGUACAUGUGUCUCCCUGCGAGCUUCCGGCUCUAUGACAACACAUAUAAUCAAAACAUCUUCAGUGGCUUCCUGCUUUUCACUGUGUGAGAACAUAAGAAAUACUGUAAUGGUCUCAUGUGAAGAAGAGUUUGUAUGUCAGGGCCUCGUGGAGCCACAAAGGCUCCUCUUACGAUCAAUAAACACAUCUUGAAAAGGGGAGAAGAAUCACACAUCCUUUGUAAAGCACAGAUCUAAAGAUCUAUGGGUCAUCAUUAUGAGCCAGAUUUACUAAGUGACAAUACACCAGAAACAAUGCUAAAUCACACACUAUACUGAGCUGUACACUACUGAAGUGCUCCCUCUCUCCAUCCCUCAGCGUUAAAGACCAGAGACAGUGGCCCAAAUCACAACGUAGAACAACUCAUUUAUAUGUUAACAAUGCCUGAGGUCACUGGGCUAUUAAUAGCACGGUUUUACUCACUCAUUAAGUUGGGUCGUUUUAUAUGACUGUUGUUAUUGUUUUAAGUCAUUUUCUUGGCCUCUCCCUUUCUCUGGUCUAUCCAACCAGGUGUGUCUCCCUCUCUCCCUCUCUCCCUCUGUUUUUCUGUCUCUGUUUUUCUCCCUGUUUCUCUCCCUCUGUUUCUCUUAUUUCUCUCCCUCUCUCUCUCCCUCUGUUUCUCUCUCUAUCGCUCUCCCUCUGUUUC